CGCUUGCUUGGUGGAUCCUUCCGCUCCGGUGAGUUUCCGCUGAACGACUACCGUUUUAUUCCUUUAAAAACCUGUGCAUGCAACUUUCCUUCUGGUUUUAUCCGUUCGUGUCCGACGCCUGGGCGUCGUUUGAGUCAUAGAGCUGCAUGAUGGGUCGAAGGAGAAAUAAAAGGCGGAAGAAGGAGAAGCUUAUGAAUGUGGAUUGGGCAGAGCUGCCACAGAGUAUACUUGAGAUUAUCUUUGAGCGACUGCCUCUGAUUGAUUGUAUCUCUGUUAGUGAUGUUUGCAGAGCUUGGAGCAAUGUUAUUGGACAGGAACUGUCUUGUUGGCAAAGGCGUGGUGUCCCGUGGCUCAUGAUGUGUGGCCAGAAAGACAGACAUGUAAGGACUUGUCUUAGCAUAUUACAGAAUCAAGAUUGGGAGAUGGUGCUUCAUCAGGCUAUUGGAAGAUACUGUUGGGGAUCAUAUCAAGAUUGGUUGAUUCUAGUGAAAGAUGUCGAUUGUUUCAACCUUGAGAUUAGCUUGUUGAAUCCAUUCUCUGGGAAGAAAACUGAUCUUCCGAAAACAUGGAAUUUUUAUCACAAGAUGGUUCUCUCAGCACUUCCCUCUGUUGAAAACUUUGUUUGCAUGCUCGUCCAUGGUCAACACCGGGAGCUUGCAUUUUGGGUCCAUGGAGCUCAAUCAUGGCUUAAACAUAAGCUAGAUGGUGAACCGUUUGAGGAUGCUGUCUUCUCGGAUGGAAGUUUCUAUCUUCUAAGCAGUGAUUAUAACAUUUCACAGAUCAAGGUUACUGAUGUGCUUGCUGCCAUCAGAACAGAUGAUGAUUGUGAGAUAGAAACAGGUUGCCAUGAAGUAAAAAUGUCCGAGGAGCAGGAAGACGAGCAGGAAAGUUACACUGUGCUGAAGUACCUUGUGGAAUCUUGUGGAGAGCUUCUCCUUGUUUGUAGGUUUUACAGCACCAAACCCAAUGCUAUUCUUGAAACACGCGAUUUCAAAGUAUAUAAGCUGGAUUUCAGCCAGAUGGCAUGGAAGAGGGUACAUGAUUUGGGGGAUCAAGUACUAUUUCUAGGAAAAUGUUGUUCGCGAUCUGUUUCUUCAGGUGAACUUGGUGUUCCAAUGACAAACCGUAUCUACUUCUCUAAUGAUCAUGCUGCGCCGUGGUGGAAUGAAUGGGAUUCUAGUCAUCUUUAUGGAAUUCCAGCUCGUUUUGACCCAGACAGAAGGGAUUGGGGUGUGUUCAAGCUUGGCGACGACAAUCAAGAGAAUUUUCGGUUCCGUGGCAAUACAGACUGUUGGGCGCCUAUUUGGUUCACUGCCCCCCAAUGGUGGUGCUGUAGGAAUCUGGCUCUUAGAUGAAAGAAGUAACUUGUAAGUUAAAGCAUAGCUGGGGCAGGCGUGCCAUGAAAUGCGUAUUCUCUUUUGCUAUUUUGUUAGUUUGCUAGCGUAUCAUACAAGUGAAGGAGCUCAUUUUGUUCUAGUUAAUGCACCAUGUACUUACUACUGUACAAAGCGAUGAACUUACGUGGAACUGAGACGCUAAGGUGGUGGUAUCCCAAACCAAGCAGGCGAUGUUGACAUGUUGGCAAGUUGAAACACGUGGCGGUAUGUGAUAGGCUUGAGAUACCACCAUCUUGAUGUCUCGGUUGCACGUAGGUUCCUCUUGGCUACAAGCUUUUAUAAUCUAUAUUAUCAUGUAAUGAAAAUCGUGAACAAGAUCUAUCCCUUCGUGUGUGGUCGGUGCUUGCAGUAAUUAUAUAUUAGAAUUUUGGUCCA